UGUAAAAUAUUUUGGAUCUAUAGUGUUUCAGCGAACUAACGUCAUCGGAGGUGUUUAUUCCUUUUCGUCGUGAACUAACCUGAAGAUGAGUACUCUCAGGCUUCAGAAACGGCUUGCAUCUUCAGUGUUGAAGUGUGGGCGAAACAAGGUUUGGUUGGAUCCAAAUGAGACAAAUGAAAUUGCUAAUGCAAACUCAAGGCAAAACAUCCGCAAGCUCAUCAAGGAUGGCUUGAUCAUUCGCAAGCCAGUAGCAGUGCACUCCAGAGCCAGAGUCCGUAAGAAUGCUAUUGCACGGAGAAAGGGUCGACACACAGGCCAUGGUAAACGGAAGGGUACCGCUAAUGCCCGUAUGCCUGUGAAGGUUCUGUGGAUGAGGCGCAUUCGUGUCCUAAGGAGACUGCUAAAGAAAUACAGAGAAGCAAAGCCUAAGAAGAUUGAUUCCCAUCUGUACCACCAGCUUUACAGAAAGGUGAAGGGUAAUGAAUUCAAGAACAAGAGAGUCUUGAUGGAAUACAUCCACAAGAGAAAGGCUGAGAAGGCAAGAAGCAAGCUGCUCAGUGACCAGGCAGAGGCUAGGCGUCAUAAGGUGAAGGAGGCAAGGAAACGCCGUGAACAGCGCCAGGUGCAAAAGAGGGAGGAGUUGCUGAAGACAUACGCCAAGGAAGAGGAAGCAGCAAAGUCUAAAUAAAAAAAAUCAUUGUCAACGUGUCACUAAUAAAUUGACAGUUGUUCAUAUUUUGUUUAUAUUGAUAAUGUGAUUUGGGAUAGAGUAUGCCAAAAGGUAACCAGAGUUGUGGUACUAAUAUAAAAAAAAGUUGACAAAACA